AUGUUACUUUUCGCUGCAGGAUUUCCUCCCAUUUUGUACAUGCACCCUGUUGACUCAUUCCAACUAGUUUCCUUAAGCAUGUCUCUUCAGUGGCCACCCAUAUUUCUUCUUGAAUUAACUGCCUUUUUUUCUUCUCAGACAUGUUUCUGUACUCAGCAGCAGCAGCUCGCUGAGAAGGCUGCAGUCAGCCAGAAGCAGGGGCAGAACGCUGAUACACAGAAGCAGCAGGAGCAGGCGGCUACGAAACAACUGCAGGACGUCCCAGAUAAGGAGGGAGAAAAACAACAGCAGGAACGGGUUGCCGUCAAACAACAUCAGCAGAAGUCGGAUGGCCCCAGUAAAGGGGCUGCUAAACAAAAGCAGCUGAAGCAGCAGCAGCAGUUGCAGCAGCAGCGGGAGAAACGACAAAAGUUGCGGGAUCAGCAGCACGAGCAGCAGCGGCUGCAGGCACAGCAGGAACUGGAGCGGCAAAAGCAGCAGCUGGCUGAGAAAGUGGUACAACCGGAACAGGUGGACGUUCUGGACCUAGGUAUGGAGGUGAAGCAGGUGCCUCCACCUAGACCUUCGUCAUUGAAGAGAGGAAUGUGUGAGGACGAAGAGGAGGAAGAGGACUUUAUCAAUAAUACAAAGAAGGAAAUGAGAGCAGGCCGGAGUAAGGCGGAGAAGGUACUUUCCGCGCCGGCAUAA